AUGGACAAGGCCUUCAAUUCCGCUUCUCCACUUCCUUCCUACAUCGGCCGCGACAUCCAAGCCUCCCGCUUCCUCAAUCUCCCUCCCCAUCGUCUUGCUAGGCUUUUAGAAGCCAGGGUGUGCAUCACUGGUGCGAGCAACAUCCAGCAGGUGGCAUCAAAUGAAGGAAUAUGCGAGGGCUUCAGUGGUGCACGUGUGGAUGGACAAGGAGAUUUCGAGAAGCAACAAUGCUUAUUGACAAUUCGAUGUGGUAGCUAA